CGCGUUCAGUCCUCCUGCGGAGUGUGACCCAGCGCGGCCGCCGUGCAGUGACGUGUUUCCGGUUAGAGAGCAGCGGCAGACAUGGGUCAAAGUCAGAGCGGAGGACAUGGACCUGGAGGAGGGAAGAAGGAUGACAAGGACAAGAAGAAAAAGUACGAGCCGCCCGUCCCCACCAGGGUGGGAAAGAAGAAAAAGAAGACAAAGGGGCCCGAUGCCGCCAGUAAACUCCCGCUCGUCACCCCCCACACACAGUGCAGGCUGAAGCUGCUGAAGCUGGAGAGAAUAAAGGACUAUCUCCUCAUGGAGGAAGAGUUCAUCCGAAACCAGGAGCAGAUGAAGCCCCUGGAGGAGAAGCAGGAGGAGGAGAGAUCUAAGGUUGAUGACCUGCGGGGGACACCCAUGUCUGUGGGAACCUUGGAGGAAAUCAUCGACGACAACCACGCCAUCGUCUCCACCUCGGUGGGAUCGGAGCAUUACGUCAGCAUCCUCUCGUUUGUGGAUAAAGAUCUGCUGGAGCCGGGAUGUUCUGUCCUACUGAACCAUAAGGUUCACGCCGUCAUCGGGGUCCUCAUGGAUGACACGGACCCCCUGGUGACUGUGAUGAAGGUGGAGAAGGCUCCUCAGGAGACGUACGCUGAUAUCGGAGGACUGGACAACCAGAUCCAGGAGAUCAAGGAGUCUGUGGAGCUUCCCCUCACCCAUCCAGAGUAUUAUGAAGAGAUGGGCAUUAAACCACCCAAAGGUGUCAUUCUCUAUGGCCCCCCUGGCACAGGGAAAACCCUCCUGGCCAAAGCCGUAGCCAACCAGACGUCUGCCACGUUCCUGAGGGUGGUGGGCUCAGAGCUGAUCCAGAAAUACUUGGGCGAUGGUCCCAAACUGGUCCGUGAGCUGUUCAGAGUGGCCGAAGAGCACGCACCCUCUAUAGUGUUCAUUGAUGAGAUUGAUGCCAUCGGCACAAAGAGAUAUGACUCUAACUCCGGUGGUGAGCGGGAGAUUCAGAGGACCAUGUUGGAGCUGCUCAACCAGCUGGACGGGUUUGAUUCUCGGGGUGACGUGAAAGUCAUUAUGGCCACCAACAGGAUAGAAACCCUGGAUCCAGCGUUAAUCCGGCCAGGUCGUAUCGACAGAAAGAUUGAAUUCCCUCUACCAGAUGAAAAGACCAAGAAGAGAAUCUUCCAGAUCCACACGAGCCGCAUGACGCUGGCUGAUGAUGUCACGCUGGACGAUUUAAUCAUGGCGAAAGACGACCUGUCCGGAGCCGAUAUAAAGGCGAUAUGUACAGAGGCCGGGCUGAUGGCGCUCAGAGAGCGGAGGAUGAAAGUCACCAACGAAGAUUUUAAGAAAUCAAAAGAGAACGUCCUGUACAAGAAACAAGAGGGCACGCCGGAGGGGCUCUACCUGUAACCUUAUUUACUGUAGAUUUUCUAUUCUUAUUACUCACUGGCUGGGAAUAGGUGUGUGGGGAGGGGCACCGGCUGCAAAAGAAUGGACUAGAACUCCCAUCAUUGUGUCUUCUGUUGGGCAACCAUGCAGCAUGUCAUCUGCCUGCAUUUCACUGUAGAUUGUUCGCAGCGUCUGCUCCCCAUGUAUAAGGACCGGCGGCCAUAGCGGCUGCUGGAGGUUGUGUGAAAUAAAAAAAAACUAAAAAAUAAGAAAAA